UGUAUACGAACGCCAUUGGGCUUCCGGCCCACGUACUGAUAGCCUUUGACUGGAGAUAACCCGAGUAACAGCACCGCACCGAUCCGACGACCCGACCCAGCCUUGAUCUUGCUUCUCCGUCAUCACAUUGCCGCUUCCUUUCCACAGAAACAAAUAAACCCUAACGUUAAACCCCUGCAGCUUUCUCCCCAUAAUAACCUACCUCCCCAGUUUCUCCCCAGAAUACCCUGCAAGGCUGCAACUUUCAAAGUCGCGGCUUUCUCAGAUUACUGCAACUGCCAGAAGGGGUUGACGCCCUGAUAAUUUCUUACUCAUGAAGGACAAAGCUCCGGCGAAGCGAGGCCCGGGAGGUCCCAGAGGAAACAAAUCCAAGAGCAAUGGCGAUUCAUUUUUCAAGCCCGAUUCGAAGAGGCGGCGGAAGGGCGGUUUCCGGGACGAUGAUAUUGAGUCAGGCGAGUCGGACCAGGAGAAUGGGUACCCUGGCUCUGACGCGAGCUCUGGACACGGCGAUGAGGAUGAAGAGAUCGAUGAAUAUGCCGAUGAGACAGCCGCCGAGAAGAAGGUAAGGCUUGGAAAAGAGGCUCUGCAAAAAUUUAUGGCUAUUGAGAAGAAAUUUGCAGAGGAGGACGAUGGGGAAGUGGAGGAAGGAAUAGGGUAUGAAAAGGAAGGCGAGAGGGAUUCCUUAGUUGCUCGGAAGUUGAUGAAAGAACAGUUGGAGGAGAGUGGGCGCUUGAGGAGGGAUGUUGCUUCUAGGGUUGAGAAGCCUGAAACUGGUGAUGGAUUUCGCUACCUAGUGAAGCACACACAUCCUGUCACUGCAGUGUGUCUGUCAGAUGACGAAUUGAGGGGCUUUUCUGCUUCCAAGGAUGGUUCAAUCGUACAGUGGGAUAUAGAGAGUGGGAAAAGUGAAAGAUACAAAUGGCCAACUGAGAAAAUUUUGAAGUCCCAUGGAGCCAAGGAUCCAGAAGGUCGAGCUACCAAACACAGUAAAAGUGUUUUGGCUUUAGCUGUUAGCCCAGAUGGUCGGUAUUUGGCUAGUGGAGGGUCAGAUCGGCACAUUCACUUAUGGGAUACUCGGACACGUGAACAUGUUCAGGCUUUCCCAGGCCAUAGAGGAGCUGUUUCAUGUCUAGCAUUUAGGCAUGGGACUUCAGAACUCUUUUCUGGUUCAUUUGAUAGAUCGAUCAAGAUAUGGAAUGUUGCAGACAGGACUUACAUAAGCACAUUAUUUGGUCAUCAGAGUGACGUUUUAAAUGUAGAUUGCCUACGGAAAGAAAGGGUAUUGGCUGUUGGACGCGAUCGUACUAUGCAGUUUUUUAAGGUCCCCGAGGAGUCCCGAGUGAUAUUUCGUUCUUCUACCUCGGCUUUAGAGAGCUGUUGUCUGAUUGAUUAUGAGGAUUUCUUCUCUGGCUCUGAUGAUGGGAGUGUUGAGCUUCGGACUGUACAAAGGAAGAAGCCCGUGAGCGUUAUCAAGAACGCUCAUGCUUUGGCAUCUGACCUCAAGAAUGAAGAAAAUGACAACCGGAAACCCUCUAAUGCAUAUUCCUGGGUAAGCUCAGUUGCUGCAUGUAGAGGAAGCGACUUGGCAGCAUCAGGAGCUGGCAAUGGCUCAGUCCGUUUAUGGGCUAUUGAUAGUUCUCCAAAAGGAAAAGCCAUCCGGCCAUUGUUUGAUCUUCCUCUGGUUGGUUUUGUAAACUCCAUGGCUUUUGCCAAAUCUGGGAAGUUCCUCGUUGCUGGCGUUGGCAAGGAACCUCGCCUGGGAAGAUGGGGGAAGAUUUCUGAUGCUCAAAAUGGAGUUGCAAUUCAACGAUUUAAGCUAUCGGAGGAGGAUUUAUCAAAGUUUUGACCGAGCAACUGCAAAUCCCUUUCUGUACUACUAUGGUUUAGAUAGACAGAUGAGAGAUCCAAAUGUAUUAUUACAUUCAAUCAAUUUUGUCCCAGCGCAGUACAAUUCCAUUAAGCUGUGAUUGAUCUUUUCGAUCUUUUCACCUUCCCUCAUGCUUCUGCUUCUCAGUGAGUCUUGUCCCCCUUUUGAUUGAUGCUAUGCAAUUCUUGUAUGGUUAGUACAAAAACACUGCUUGGUUUGGAAAUUGUGAUCUUUGAAACAGCUCGUCUCCAGGGAGGAGAUUUUAUUUAUUCAUCACUUGUAUGUAUUACAUCGAAAGAAUGAUAUACAAAUGGGGGCCUCACAAAUCAUCAUUUACGAAAGAAUCAACGAAUUUAGAGAGCCGUUUCUUUCUUGUUCAUUCACAUGGCCACUGAAGAUGCCCGUGGACUAUCUGGAGAUGGGGUUAUGUCCUUGAAAACCUGAAGGCGGUUUCUUCUCUUAGUCGCCGUGUUGAUCAUAUUCUUCCCAGCUCCAUCGAAGCACAGACGUCUCGAUGCAGCUGUCGUCCUCGAUAUACCACCUCCACCAGCUUGGACACAUUGCUGCUCAUUCUUUGGAUAACAGCACUUAUCGUCAUUAGCCA